AUGCCGACAUGCCGAUUUCUCAACCGUGCUUCACAUUGGGCUUUUGAAUUAGUUUUCAUUACCAAUAAUGCUUAUAGUCAGAUUGAAAAGAUUGAAUUUGGAUUCGUCGGACCCGAUCAUACGUUUACAGUCGAUCACUGUUCAAGUAGCCGAAAAGCUAUAGCCAAUGUCGGAAAGGGCUCUUCGCGCAUUUCAAGGACGAACAGAAGCCAGUCAUUCAAGGAGGACGACGGAACAUGGAAGGGAAACGAUGAUGGAAAAGUCGUAAAUAAUCAGCCACAACGGGUAAUGGAUGAUAGAAAUGGAAUGAUGGCACAAGCGGGAUACAUCGGAAGGAUAACUAAUGAUGCGAGAGAGGAUGAAAUGGAGGAGAAUAUGGGUCAAGUCAACACAAUGAUUGGAAAUCUUCGAAAUAUGGCACUCGAUAUGGGAUCAGAAUUAGAAAACCAAAACCGUCAAAUUGACAGAAUUAAUAGAAAGGCGGAAUCCAAUGAGGCAAGAAUAGCUGUAGCAAAUCAAAGAGCGCACCAACUUCUGAAAUAAAUAAUUAUUCU